GAAAUAAGACUACAUCUCCCAGAAGGCAAAGCCUCGUUCAGUGCCUUAAAGUGAAGUCACCUGAGCAGGAAGAAGCAGGAAUGCUAAUGUUUACAACCAGUUUAACAGCUAUAUUUAUAUUAUCAUCACUCAUGUUUGUCGAUUACAAGUGUCGUUGUAUCUGCAAAGACGAAGUGGGUUGCUACUCUCGUACCUAGCAAACUAAUCGAUACCACACAGCAGAUAGCUGCCCUGGAGCUUCCCUCACCAAUCCCUCUGGACUCGGGCUGCUCUGAGUCACCAAACUGAGGACAAACAACACCAACGGGCCUUUUAGAGCAGCCACAGUGUUUGGAGUUACGCAGCCAUGUGGAGGAAGCUGAUCUGAGAGGAGCCGUUUGCUGCCUUGACUUUCCUGAUCUCCUCACCCUGUUUCAGGCUGAGGGAGUGAGGAGGCCACUGUUUCCCCCAACCGCCCUCAGAGGGAUUCACAGCAGCAGUCCAGAUGGUGUGGGUGUUCAUCAUGAACCGGAUGGGCUCCCAGGGCAGCUCCGUGGCCCAGAGGAGACGCAUGGCUCUGGGGGUGGUGAUCCUGCUGCUGGUGGACAUCAUCUGGGUGGCCUCCUCAGAGCUCACCUCCUACAUAUUCAAGAGGCAGGAGUACAACAAGCCGUUCUUCAGCACCUUCACUAAGACCUCCAUGUUUGUCCUGUACCUGCUGGGCUUCCUGCUGUGGCGUCCCUGGAGACAGCAGUGCACAGGGACCCUGCGAGGACGACACGCUGCCUUCUUUGCUGAUGCUGAGGCGUACUUUGCCCCCUGCACCACUGAUCCCAGUCUGAACAACUCUUUAAGUGAACCUCUGUAUGUUCCAGUGAAGUUUCAGGAUGUUCCUACGGAGCUCAGCAGCUGUGCCAACGUAGCCUGUGACUCUACCUCCAGGAAGCAGCGUGUACGCUUCAGCAACAUCAUGGAGGUUCGUCAGCUGCCGUCCACCCAGGCUCUGGAGGCCAAGCUGUCCCGCAUGUCCUACCCCGCCGCCAGGGACCAUGAGUCCAUGCUCCGCUCUGUGGCCAAGCUCACCGUCUCCGACGUGGCCAAGAUCAGCUUCUUCUUCUGCUUCGUGUGGUUCCUAGCUAACCUGUCCUACCAAGAGGCCCUGUCAGACACCCAGGUUGCCAUAGUGAACAUUUUAUCCUCUACUUCAGGUCUGUUCACCCUCAUCCUGGCGGCCAUCUUCCCUAGCAACAGCAGCGAUCGCUUCACCCUGUCCAAACUGCUGGCGGUGGCUCUGAGUAUGGGAGGAGUUGCGAUGGUCAGCUUUUCCAGCAUGGACAGCCCAGACGGCAAUGGAGCAAUAGGUUCUCUGUGGUCGCUGGCGGGGGCUGUGCUGUAUGCUGUCUACAUCGUCAUGAUCAAGAGGAAAGUAGACCGUGAGGACAAACUGGACAUCCCCAUGUUCUUUGGUGAGGAGAUCAAGUGA